AUGGGCGGCAUUCAGCAGGCUGCGGCGCUGCUCUCGCUGCUGCUCGAGGCGUCGGCGGCCGCGCCCCUGCGCCGCGCGGCCGCUGCGGCUUUCCUCGAGACGCGCCAGCUGGAGCGCGCGGUGUGCUGUGAUGAGGCGCUAUAUGGCCACCUGCAGCAGGCGCUGCUUACACUUGACGGCCGGGACCCGCCCCCCGGCCUGCCGCGUGAAGACCAGCUGCUGCUGGAGGCGUCGGCGGGCGCGCAAGAGCGGGCCGCCGCGGCACAGCUUGCGCGGGGGCUGGGCGCGCGGGAGCUGGCGCCGGCCGUUCAGAUUGACUUUGAGGGGCUGCGCCACCUGCUGGAGCCGCUGGGACCGGGGUUUUGGGGGGGCAGCAGUGCGCGGGAGCAGCAGCAGCAGCAGCAGCAGCAGCAGCAGCAGCAGCAGCAGCAGCAGCAGCAGCAGCAGCAGCAGCAGCAGCAGCAUCACCAGCAGCAGUAUCAUCGGGACAAGGAGGAGAGCGCAAGCAAUCGUGGCUCUUCGCACGUAGGUGCAGGGAACGCAGCGGUGGGCAGUGCAGAGGGCGGGGGCGGCGGCGACCUGCGGCUGACGGUGGAGCUGGUGCGCGCGGUGCUGGAGGGGCACCCUGAUGCCGACACGCGGCGGCAGGUGUACGACGCGGGUGUGCUGCAGCGGCUGGACUCCGCCCUGCUGGCCUGGGGGGAGCUGGGGGAGCUGAGGCGCAAGCUGGCCAGGUGCCACGGCCGCGAGUGCUUCGCCGACUGGGCGCUGCAGGACGGCCCUACGGGCUGCCCCGACGCGACAAUGGCGGCGCUAGAGGAGAUCGCAGCGGCGCAGCGGCCCGCGGCUGCACGGCGGUGCCUGCAGAUCGCCAACGAGUGGUGGCGGGGCGGCGGGUCCGGCGGUGCACGGGCCGCCGCUGCGACGCAGCAGUCGGGCCGCGGAGCGGCAGGCGAGGGGUCGGCUGAUGGCGCUGAUGAAUUGGGGGAUCUUGGGAGCGGUCUGAGAGAUGGUGGCACGUGUGAUCUGGAGCCCUGGGAUCUGGAGUAUGCUCUUGCACAGGACCGCGCCUCGGCAGCUGGGCUCUCCCCCGAGGACGCGACAGCCCUUGAGCCCUUCCUAACCCUGGCCGGCGCCAUGGCGGGCGCCGGCGCCCUCCUGCGCGCCGGAUUCGGCCUGUCGCUCGACGAGCGCCUGCCCGCGCCCGGGGAGGUCUGGACGGCGGGCGUGGGCGUGUACGAGCUGCGGGAAGCGCAGGCGCUGACAGCUUUCCAGGGCGCGGGCGCCUCUGAUGAACAUGGUGGCGUUGCGGGAUGUGGCGAAGGGCGGCUGCUGGGGACGCUCUAUUUGGACCCCUCCUCAGGGUAUGGCACGCGCCUCCUGCUGCAUGGCGGCGGCGGCGGCGGCGGCGCAAGCACCAGCGACUCCAACAGCAGCAGCAGCGGCAGCAAGGGGGCGGAGGAGCGGGGCUGGCCGUGCGGCGGCCCCUCGUCGGCCGCGCCGGCCGUCGCUGUCGGCCUGCAGAGCGGCGGGCGCCUGGGCGGGCCCGGGCUGGCUCUGGGGCUGUGGGAGCUGUGUCACGAGCUAGGCCACGCGCUGCACUUCCUGCUGUCCUCCUCUGCCGCUGCUGCUGA